AUGGUUCUCCUUCCAGUAACACUGUCGAAAGCCAUCAAUCUCGCACUCGCAUCCUGGCCGCUCUCGAUCCAGCCCAUAUCCCUGAUUGCCGUCUUCACAACUGUCGAACAGUCGUCCAUGAUGGUUCCGAUUGCUGGCUGCAUUAGCCAGCCUAAGUGGCGCCACUUUAUGCAUCGGCCGAACCGCUCAGUCAUCUCUAGCUGUUUGACGAGGCCAGCCGUGGGCCUCUUCAUUGAUCGAUGGGAUUUCCGGCUCAACCCUCUCACCCAUGUACUCAUGCCCAGGCGAUCACUGCUCAUGAGAAACAUUCACUACGCUGGCAAGGGUUACAUUGGAAAACUUUGGAUACAGCUGGUAGCAUUGCACGGGUUCUUCGACUUCCUCAUGUCUUUCAAUGCUUCUUCAGAAGAACCUGGAUUACGGAUGUUCAACGAAUGCACAUGCACAUGCUUCAAGGGCGCGUCAAUCGGCUUGCACUAUCAGCAGGAUUUAAAAGGGACUACGGUGCCAGCGACGACGCACUUGAGAGACUGGAGCCGGCGCUUCGGGAAUACCUCCACGGCAACUGUUACGGGGCCCUGGGAGGCCGGAUGCAUACUUGCGUUUGGCUUGUUUAUGGUCGUUUCGCUUGAUUCGGCUACGCUAGCUUAUGCCGCAGUGCUGAUGGUUUUUGUUGGCGUCGUACUGCAAAACACUGGGUGGGGACUUUGGGAGACGACGCCAAAUCUGUGGAGGCAGGCUCUGAAUCAGUUAGCAGAGGACGAUCGGAAGGAAUUCAGGUUCGAUGGCUCCAACAGAGGAUUUGACCCUGCUGAGAUUGUGCAGGUGGUCGAGAGUGAGAAAGCGAAAUGCGUCAAAAAGCAAUGGGUUCUCUAUACGAACAAAGCGGGCAAGGAAGUGCAUGUUCGCGACAUACUGGAGAAGACUGUUGGGUGGAUCGAGAAGUUCAAGGAAGUGGGCGACAUGGCGGUCGAGUUUGACCCCUGCCAUACUUCUGUUCCUUGGAUGGCAGUAAAGACGCUUCUGCAGGUUGCUGUGAAUGACUGCCAGACGUUCGGCGCCAUGAUCGAAAGCCUCGAAGGUGUCUCCAGUAUCAUUGCCAGAUAUACGGAGCUAGAGGCCAAGGUCCUCAUCCGUAUAUCCACCCUCACCAAGCAACUUUCCACAGCUCUUGUUGAGCUCUACAGUUCCGCUUUGAGGUUUCUCGCGCAAGCCUGUCGGUACUACGGACAGAGUACUACGAAACGAGCCUUCAAAAGCACCUUCAUCACAGCAAAGAAGGCCGUCGAGGAGCCCGUACUUCGCAUCGAGAAGCAGGAGAAUGAGGUAUACAAGCUGGUCUGCCUCGUGCAGAGUGAGACUACCGGUGUGGACCUUAAGAGCAUCAUCGAGAGCAUUAGACAGAGCGUGGAAGACUUCCAUGCCUCGAAAGAGGAGCAGUACAAGCGUUUCGCCGCCUGGAUCAAGGGCAUCGACACAAAAACAACAUACGAAACGGCUCUCCAAUAUCAUCACAGCGGGACCUGCGAGUGGCUCCUACGACCAAGCCAAAACUGCUCUGGGUCCACGGCCCAGCAGGGUUUGAGGGAGGGAGCAAGGCCGCUGUCGUAUUUCUUCUGCGUGGCCGACAACCAGCUCACCCGCGACCCAUACGCAAUUCUCCGGUCGUGGCUUAUGCAGAUGCUGGAGCAGGACGAAGCCGUCGUGUCAGUCAUGGACGCCGUCUACAAGGAACGAAAGAAAGAGCAGAUGCUGACGCAUAUCGGUCUGUGGCAAUUGUUCGCGGCAGUUGGCGAGGCCAUCGAGGGCUGCACCUUUGUCGUGGAUGGGUUUGACGAAUGCACCGAAAUCGACAUGGGAGCUCACUACCAUCACAACGAGCCUCGAAACCUCUUUCUGUGCGACCUUCUUGAGAAUCUGUCACAGACGAAGUCGCGCGUCUUGGUUCUCAGCAGAGACACUCCAGACAUUAGGGAGUAUUUAGGGAACGACAGCACCGUAACGACGCCUCAGGUUGCGAACUUUGAGCACCGAAUCACGGUCGAGGACACCACCGCCGAUGUGAGAUCGUUCUCGGAGCACGUGGUCAACAAUAAGCUCUCCAAGAAAACGCCUGAGCUGCGGCAGAAGCUUGCCACUCAGGCUGCAGAGAGAAGCGAGGGCAUGUUCUUGUGGAUCAAGCUCCUCGGGCAAAAGAUCUCUCCGGCCCAGAACGCGAAACAGCUCUCCAAGACUGUGACGGAGAUGCCCUCAGGUAUCAGUGAAGCAUACUCCCGCGAGCUGAACAAAAUCAUUCGGCUGCCAGCAGACGAGAAGGAGAAAGCUGUGAUGGUUCUGCGAUGGACUCUUUUCGCCGUCCGUCCUCUCCAGGUCAAGCAGUUAGUGGAAGCCCUUGUCGUGUCCGAUGAUGACUUGGACAAGUACCCUGAGAACGACCUUCCUGAUUCCUGGAAUGAAGGGUUCGUCGAUGAGGACUAUGUAAAGGAUAUGAUCCUCAGCCGGUGCGGAUCACUCCUGCAGCUGCAAUCGAGCUCGGCCGAAACGCCCAUCGCUGAUCAUACCGUCCACUUCGUCCACUUCUCAGUUAAGGAGUAUCUGUCAAAUCUCUCCAACGGUACAAUCCAUAAUCAGAGGGACGUCGACCUUGGACUGAUGGAUCCUGCAGCCGAGGAGAGGCGCCUCGCUGGCAUUUGUCUGCGCUACCUGGCAUUGGACUCAUUCGAUAACAUUCCGUCCGACACAGACGUAUAUCCUUUCCUGUCGUACGCGGCAUGGGCGUGGUACUUCCACAGCUUCCACGACAAGCCGAAGCCACCUGUAGAUAUUAUGUAUCGAACGCAGAGAGCCUUCGAUCCGGCAACCUCAAGCUGGAGAGUCUGGACGCCGCUGAUAGAGGCUGAGCUUGCCGACUCAGACAAGGGCACCGACUUUAUCGCUACAGACACGGACGCCAGGUCGGAUAAAAAGUCAGACACGCAUGCCGAAAGUGUGGAAGAGCCUGUCCUUCUCCAGGAGGUGCCGAACCCCAUCUAUUAUGCUGCGCUCCUAGGCUUAACGGACAUUGUGAAAUGGCUCGAAAAGGAGGGAGCAUCAAUGCGAUGCAUAUGGGAGCACACCCAAGUGUCACUGUUUGAUAAUGCUGUCGACUUGGGUAAUGACGAGAUGGCGAGGUGGUUAGUGGACGCUGCUUGUCGGGUGUGGGACGAGGACAGCUUGGUCAUGCUGGCGUACGAUGGCGAUGCGGUGAAAGCAGAAAACCUCCUUCGCGACUCAACGCCAGAGAUGGUCCUCAGCGAGGCACUUCAUGUCGCAUCAGCCCGCGGACACGUCGAGAUUAUUGAGUUGCCCCUCAGCAAUCAUGCCAAGAUCAACCUCAGCCUCAGAGACAUCAACGGGCGAACCGCCCUGCACCACGCGACUCGACACAUGCACCUCGAUGUGGCGAAUCUGCUCGCCCAUCAGGGUGCAGGCGUCUCGCUGGAAGACGAUGUCGGUUCCACGCCUAUCGACCUCGCUGUGCGGCAUGGCAAGAACGCCGGCGACUUCAUCCAGGAGCACAUGGACGACUUUACCCUCAACAUUAGCCGGCGACCGUCCCUCCUGGGCGUCACGCCAAAUCAAGGGGCAAGUCUCACCGUUAUAGGUAUCAGGAAGCGGCUCUCUGGCAUGUGGGCUGGCCACUAUUGCUAUCUGGCAUGGAAUGAUGGGCGAAAGGAUCCCUUUUCCAUCAAUAUCCCUGCAGAACAGCCACGCAACUCGCAACCGUGCACUUUCUCGAGCGAUGGCGAGGACGUCAUUGGCCCCUUCCAGAUCCAUGGCUUCGUCGACCCAGCUGGCAUCGUUUGGUUUGCAAAACUGUACCGGGCCACGGGGUGGCUGUAUCGUGGGCGGCUGGAUGCCACGAAGGGGGUGUUGAAGGGGACAUGGGGCAGCAAUAGGAAGUUAUGGUUCGGAACGUUGGUGCUUCGACUGGAGGAAUGA